AUGGAUAUCACUGAGGCUCUGGUCCGGGGUCCCAGCGGCAACAGCCAAAACAAGGACCUUGACGUUGGCCUCUCUGACGCUAGUACUACCGACAAUACAGUCACCGUCGGCACCCGUGCAUAUGAGCCACGUACUGAGGAUGAAGAACAGCAGAAACGUGAAGAUCGCCGCAGCGGCAUUAUUGGCUGGCCAACUUCUGAGCGCGUAGCCGACGGACCAAAUUCUGCAAGCGAGGUUCUAGAACACAGAUACCUCGAAGGAGACGACCGAGUCAGCGGGCUCUGGAACGGGUCGGCGGAUCCCUUCGCGCCCAACUCAGCGCCGGCAAUCCAUCAUGUUUCCACGAGCCCGAUUGCAGGAGGUAGCGCACUUGCCCGUAAUGCUGUCAUGGGGACGCCAGACCCUAAGGCGCCGGCUGAUGGCUUGAGAAGCCAUCCGUCCGUGAUGGCGAAAGUCAUGAGACCGGCUCAGCAAGAGAGGAGUCGAAGUAAGGUUGGAUUUUCAUUAAGAGCGGAUACGGAAGCUGCAAGGCAGGCAGGCAAGAAAUGGGAGAAGGAGGAUGUGAUCAGUACGCCGUACCCGAUACCAUAUGAAGGGGAUAAGGAGGGGGGUUGGGAAAGAAAUCAAAGGAAGGAGAAAGGAAAAUGGGCAAGUUUGACUGUUCUUGUGUACAAGCGUGGUGGGGGAAUGCCAAAGGUGACGAGACUGAAGAUUCCGAGCGUAGGGCAUGAAAUCUUUAGUUCCGUAAUGUCGGGGAAGCCGCAGGAAGGAGGAACGGUGGCGAUGAAUCAGACGUUCGAUGAUGCUAAGUUGGCACUUUUGCUCAGGGGGGCUUAUACGUCCUUCAGAGGGCCGGUGCUGGCGAAAUGCGGUGCAAGGACCGUCUGCAGCGUAAGAUUGCUGGGAUACACAUCUUGGUGCCAGCUUGCUACGAGGAGGGCGAAACAGCAGUGCUUCGAGACAAAGGAACAGAAGGACGAAGAGUCUGGCUUCGCAGAGGCGCGAUUGCUAGAGCUCUAUCGAAAACCAAAAAUUGGGAAUGGCAAAUGGGAGUGGUGGAAUUGGGCGAGAGGAUUGCCGGAGAAUCAAGCUGUGGGUGUGCAGGGAGAAGCGAGGUUAGAGAGAGUUGCACUUGAGAUUGUCGAAGGUUGGUCAGCCAGAAGAAUCAUCCUGGCUUUCUCUCUGGUGGCUAUUUGCAGUGUCGUGGCGUGCCUUCUCUGGAUAUUCGCUGGAGUCAACCGUACUGCAACAGGUGAGCCUCUGAAAGGUAGCCCGAAUGCUGCAGGCCAAAGCCUGCCAAGCGAACCAAAUUCGUCUACUAUCGGUCAAUCGUCAUCGCAUGACGGCAUAGCAAUUACAGGCUCUCACUCCACUCCCUCUCAGGUGCCUACAACAGUGCCCGGUGCAGAUACCGCACUCUUCGGCAUCCCGUCGGACGCUUUGGGACCCGGCAGUGCUGCCGCAAGUCUCAGCGCUAUCAUCAACGCUAAUGGGCCAACACCGACGGUGAUUCAGAGAGAUACCUCCUCUGCUUCCUUGAGUACAGAGAGCUCGACAGUCACAUCGACGAACAUACCAGCGUCAGCUGGUCAGCAACCUGAAGCGUAUCUGUCUGGCGGGCCUGGGUCGAGAGUCACUGCUGGCGUAGUGUUAGGCCUCCUAGUGCUGCUAGUCGGUUGGAUGUUUCUUGGGGCUUGGCUAGCACUAAGUUGGACGACGGGAUGA